GACUAGAGUUAAUUUUACUCUGUGAAUUUUACUGUGUAUAAGUAAUUUUGCAACUACAUGUUAAUCAGUUCUCAUUAGUUUGCAACUACAUGUCUACUAACUCUCAGAGCAGACUGUUAGGUUAGGUUUAGGGUUAGUAGAAUAAGCUGACAUAUACUUAGAAGAGUAUUAGAAGAUAUUAAGCAGACAGUCUACUAAUACUCUAAUGACUAGUUGAAAUGCAGUUGCAAAGUUACUUACUGUUAGUAGAAUGUCUAAAGUGGACUAUCAAAAAAAGUGUUGCCCUCAAGUCAAUUUCCAACCCUGUCACAGAGUCAGUGGUACUGGGGUCUCAGCCAUAUUCAGAAAACGGUGAUGGAAAUGGAGUUAAAUCUUAAUGUUAUAAUAUACCGUCAUCAAACUUACCACCACUGAAAUUCAAACAUUAACAACUGCACUAGCAGGCAGCUUCAACUGAACAGAAUUAAGGUGUUUUACUUCUGUUAGAUUUGUUUCGUCAUUUCUUUGUUACUUAAUAUAUUAUCAAAGUAUAUCAACUGUACUUUUAUUUGAAUAAAAUUCUUGAUAUACACAUACUCUUAAAGCCGUGAAUCAUUGGGUUCUUCAGACAGUGACAAUAAAACAACCACAGACGGCAUUUGAGAAUUUCUAUUCGGCAGACAGAAAGUCAGGUUUUUCAUUUGGAAUUCAAGGUUUUCAUUCUUUAAUCAUUCUCUUGGUGUCUCUACCAACAUCUUUCCACUGUUUCUGCUGUUUUCUAGACUCAGUUUCUGGGAACGUUCCUUGUGACGAUAUGGGAUCGUGACUGGUCUGACCGAAUGGAGAUGAUGAUCAUUGCCGGCAGUGAUAACAAUAGAAACACGACUGAUUCAGCGGUGAGGAGGAGCGUCCCGGUGCAGUUCGCCGUUGAUCUGGCGAUCAGUCUAGAGGCUGAAAACUCUGUGACGUAUCUGAACUUCUCUGUGGAGGACAAAGCUCCAAAACCUCUCAACAUCACCUACAAGGUGGAGAAUCUGGGUUUUAAAGGUCUACCGGUGUCGGUCACGUUCACACUGCCCUGUCAAACUGCACAUGUGAUUUUAACACAUCACAGCAUCAGCGUACAUGAGAACAAAACGUUGUGUGACUUCAAGCCAGAACAACAGGACGGUCACUGUGGGAAGUUUGAGUGUCGUCAGUUUAAUCUGCAGAAAACUUCAGCAGUUUACUUCAACCUGACAGCGCAGGCAGCUCUCCAUAACAUGACGGAAUAUGAGCGUAUAAAUCCCUUCAAAGAGAUCAGGAGUGAUUACGUGUUCAACAUCAGCGCUGAGCUCCACUACAACACAAGCCGCUACAACCAGACUUUAACCGGGCUGAAGGACAAUCCCCACCGAUCACAGACUGCAGUGACGGUGGAGUUGGUCAGUCCUCCCAAUCGACUGCUGAUCGUCUGCAUCGGUGCAGGGGGCGGGUUCUUCUUGCUCUUUAUCAUGUUGGUCCUUCUGCUGAAGUGUGGGUUUUUCAAACGAAAUCGCCCUGACGACUUUGAGCCAGAGGAUGACAAUUUAACCGCGGUUGAAGAUUCUCCUCUCAUGAAUGUGAAUGCUAAAGAAAAUGGAGUCAGUGAGAACGACAGCGCUGAGAAAGAGAACGGAGUGAAAGAGACGAGCCCCAGUCCUGAUCCUUCAAACACAGACAAAUAAAAUGUCAAUUUAUUCCAACGCAACAGAAGACAUUGGUUUGGAAUGAGCUGAGAAUGAUGUUGCAGUGGUCCAGUUGUAUGAAUAUAUGAUUUAAUGUUCAGUAUGUUUAGUUCAGUGAUAUGCAGUAUGUGUAGUUGGUCCAUGUCUUGUUUCAAGUGACUUAAUUUGUAGUUUAUUUAUAAUAACCCAGUUUUAUUCUGACACUUUUAUGGGCCUUUUUCUAUUAAGAAAGAUGGUUACGGCUUAUUUUAAGAUGUCCUUGUUACAGUGCAAGUAUAAAAUUAUAUUUAAGCACUGAGUAAUAUUAAUUAACUUCAUGUACUUACUACAUGGUUAGGAUUAGGAUUAGGAUUUGGCUUUUAAAUGAGUAAGUACAUGUAAUGUGUAACAAUGACCCCUUAAAAUAAAACGUUACCAAAAAAAAAGUAUUUGUCAUGCCCACAGACUGUUUUGUUGUGUUUUCUCCUCCCAUGUGCUCCCGAGAACUCCCCCUGUCCUUGUUUUGUCUGAUUAGUUAUUCAUUUCACCUGUGGUAGUUAAUUAUCUUGUGUUCAUAAGCCCCAGUCUGUUCACUGUGUCUCUGUCGGCUGUUAAACGUCUUCAUUGUGUGUUCCUGUGUUGGAUAUUCCCUGUGCUUCAUUAAUUAAAAACUUUUGAACAUU